UCAAUUCCGUUCUUCAUCGUUUUCCCACCAUUCUAGCGUUAAGGACAUCGGUGGUGGACGGCCCUCAACGAUUCUCGGUAAUGACGUGCGGAAAUUGCAAUCUGUCCACCCCUACCCAUGGUCUUUCUGCUCUGUUCGAGACAUCUUUCAGUACACCAUCAGACCGGAGGACAAACUUUACGACGUGUAAGGCAGCAGAAUCCGUCCUACUUUUAAGUAUACAAAUUGUGUUUCGUUCGAAAUACACAUGCCUAAUUAGCCUGCACGUUUAAUGCAUAUAGGUCAAAGUCGGCCUAUUUUAUGCGAAAUUUCUGGCUACUUCGGUAAUCCAGCACAAAUCAACUUCCGCGUUUCCCAUUUAGGGCCCACUUCGGGAAUAUGGAGGGCCUCUUCUACCGGCAUAUGACUGGACAAGACCUUACCUCUGCUCAGUUUGAUGUCGCCUCUACCCAGUCAUUUAGUCAGGCUGAAGAGAACACCAACAGGGACCCUCGUAGCCGGCCA